AGCAGUGAAGUGCCUGACCCCCGUGCUGCUGCAGUCCCAGCCUGCCUGUUCGCUGCCCUCCCUGCCUGAUGGAGCAAGCACUGGCAGAGGACCCUCCUCAAGGUGGCCGGCUGAGCCCAGUCCAGGAGCGCUAGUGGGACGUGGAUGGUGGCGUGUGCCACCCUAGGAGGGACAAUGGCUCAGGGCACCGGGAGCAUCAACAGUGACUACAAGGAUUGGGAGUGGAGCGCCGAUGCUGGGGAACGAGCCAGGCUCCUGCAGAGCCCCAGCGUGGAGACGGUGCCGAAGAGCGGAGAGAGUCAAGGAAAUGGUCUGGGGGCCACGUCAGCUUUGGGAGCCGUCUUCAUUGUGGUCAACGCUGCCCUUGGGGCUGGGCUGCUCAACUUCCCCGCCGCUUUCAGCAUGGCUGGCGGCGUGGCCGCGGGCAUCGCACUGCAGAUGUGCAUGUUGAUCUUCAUCAUCGGAGGCUUGGUCAUCCUGGCGUACUGCUCACAGGCCAGCAAUGAGCGGACCUAUCAGGAGGUUGUGUGGGCAGUCUGCGGGAAGGUGCCUGGCGUGCUGUGCGAGGUGGCCAUCGCUGUCUACACCUUUGGCACCUGCAUUGCUUUCCUCAUCAUCAUCGGAGACCAGGAGGACAAGAUCAUUGCUGCUCUGGUGACGGAGCCUGAGGAAGCUGGGAGCAGCCGCUGGUACAUGGACCGCAAGUUCACCAUCAGCAUCACUGCCUUCCUUCUCAUCCUGCCCCUCUCCAUCCCCAAAGAGAUCGGCUUCCAAAAAUAUGCCAGCUCCCUAAGCGUGAUUGGCACCUGGUACGUCACGGCAGUCAUUAUCAUCAAGUACAUCUGGCCUGACAAGGAGCUGGUGCCUGUGGAGAUCCCCACCAGCCCCUCCACCUGGACAGCCGUCUUCAAUGCCAUGCCCACCAUCUGCUUUGGGUUCCAGUGCCACGUGAGCAGCGUGCCCGUCUUUAACAGCAUGAAGCAGCCAGAGGUGAAGACCUGGGGAGCAGUGGUGACAGCGGCCAUGGUGAUCGCUCUCUUCGUCUACACGGGCACUGGCGUCUGCGGCUUCCUGACUUUUGGGGCUGGUGUGGAGCAGGACGUCUUGCUCUCCUACCCCUCCAAUGACAUCCCCGUUGCCCUUGCCCGGGCCUUCAUCAUCCUCUGCGUGCUGACAUCCUACCCUAUCCUGCACUUCUGCGGCCGGGCUGUCUUGGAGGGUCUCUGGCUCCGCUACACUGGGGUGACGGUGGAGGAGGACGUGGUUCGGGAGCGGAGGAGGCGCCUGCUUCAGACUAUCAGCUGGUUCCUCCUGACCCUCCUCCUGGCUCUCUUCAUCCCCGACAUUGGCAAAGUCAUCUCUGUCAUUGGGGGCUUGGCCGCUUGCUUCAUCUUCGUCUUCCCAGGGCUCUGCUUGAUUCAAGCCAAGCUCUCUGAGAUCCAGGAAACCAGGGCAAUCAGCUGGUGGGCCCAGGUCAGCUAUGGGGUGUUCAUGGUCACCCUCGGAGCCUUCAUCUUUGGACAGACCACUGCCAACGCCAUCUUCGUGGAUCUCACAGCCUGACUCCUCCUCCAGGCUGGACUGCACUGCUGCUGCUGAGGGGAUGCAGUUUUCCUCUAGGACCAAAGGGAAGUGGGGAGAAAACACGUUGACGUGUUGGGAAGAUCCAAAAGGAGCGUUGUAAUCUGGGGCUUGGCUGAAAGAGCCCUGUGGUGGUUUGUAUCUCGUUGUCUUAAUGCACCAGGCAGUCAGGCUUCUCCUCUCAGCCCUGACUCCCUGGUGAAGCCAGAGCAUCACUGCAAGGGGACCUGUAGUCCAGGUCAAGCCCUUUCUGCCCUGCCAGGGUAGACAUCACUACCUUAGACAUCACUAAGGGGUUGCAGUUGGGGUUUGCGAAGGCAUACUGCCCUGAUCCGUCUACCCCUGUGCUGGUGGAGCUCCUUUCCGCAGCUUAAACUUCUUCUCCCAACGUUGGAGGGAGACAGUGCAUCUUGCAUAAUGGGAAUCAUGUUUAUCAGACAGGGUGACAACCCCCUAGUCCUCUUCUGUGUUAGUAUUUGGUUCGGUUUGAACUCCGCUUUCCCGUGGCCCAUCUCACAGGUCUCCUACCCUUACUCUUACAUCUCCCUCCGCCUGGGCUGCACUUUCUGUUACAAAGUGGGACCGUCAUCUUCAGCCUGAUCAGUCAGGAGGAGCCCGGGGUAGGGACAGACCAGGGCAAUGUUUCCCCUGCCAGGGGUUGCUCACUCACUAAAGAAGGUGCUGUGGCUGCAUCGACCUACUGGAGACACUAUGCUAGAGCAAAGCUCUUCUGCCAGUUUCCAAUCCUGUUCUUCCAGGAGGUGUCCAGGGAAUGGGAUUGGGCCAGGUGUAGGUUUUAAGGGAUGCUUUGGGGAUGAAGCAGUCAGUAUUAAUCUGGUUUAUAUUGUACCCUUGGUUGUUUACACUCUCUGUGGCUGGUGUUGCUCUGGCCAGUCCCUCCGUUGCCUGUCUGGAUGAUAGUUUCAUUUUUUCUUUCUCUGAGUUGAGCAGUUGCCCCAGCUGCAGAUUUGGUUGAGGGUGUUAAACUUAACAGCAAACUGCUCUUGUUCAGUCCUUGAGUUCUCUUGUUCCUUGUUUGGCUUCUAAAACCCUGGGGGAGGGAGGGAGGAAUUUGUGUGUAUCUAUCGCUGCAUCUGUGCUGAGGGUCCAGCCCAGCUUUGUGCACCACUGGGCUUUGCCCCUCCUGCACCUUCUGGAAAAAGCCCAGGCUGUUGUGGUGGGAAGGUGAACCAUGGUGUGCUUCUGUACUUCUCACCAUGGCUCUCUCCCUCUGUGACCAGUGGCGGUGGGUGGGAGGACAGCAUGUGGGUGCUUCUCCACGUGGAAACGUUUGGUGUUUCCCUACCAAUGCCUGGGGUGUGUAAAUGGGGACCUCACUGCCACUCCUCGGGAUGCAAUGAGGAGAACCCAGAUGGAGAAGGAGGAAGAAAAGCCCCAAGCACAGCAUGAAUGUUUGAGGGAACCUUUGAAGGCAUGAGUCCCUUCUGCUUCCCCCAAGGUACCUCCAACCUCCAUGCCCUCAACUUUUGACAAAACCUGGCUCCAGCAAACCCCCCAUUUGUACAGCACUGGCUGCCUCUCAAGGCCCUUUGCCCGGCUCCUGCCUGAGAGCAGGCGCUGGGCCUUGGGGAAACCCUUGGCAUAAAGAAGAGGGUGCCCACCCCACCGCCACCCCACCCUGCAGAUUGCUCCUCCUGGAUGUGGGGAGCACCGAGCCACCUCCCAUGGAGCCCAGCAGAGAUGCUGGAGUCUCAGCAGAUGCCAAUGCCGCGAUGCCUUUCAGUGGCCAUCCCCCAUCAAGAUGGAGAAGGGUUUGGUGCCUGGUGGGUUUUGUGGCUUUGGCUUUCCCAAAGGUGUGCUGGGCAUGAGGCGGUCC